AUGGUGAUGUUUUCACUGGUACUCGUCGAUCAGGAGGAAAAAACGGCGCUAGAGGGACACUCUGAAGAACACUUUGAAACGACUGCAGACCAACCCGGAGACUUGGGAGGACCUCGCCGGCAUGGCGAAAAGAAGUGGAGACAGCCGUCGCCGUUUGCGAAGCAAACUGGAUCGUCGCUGCCAAAGCCAAAAGGGGAAACUCGCAAGUCACAAGUUCCUUACCUCUUCAAGGCCAUAAAUCAGCUGCUUCCAAUAUCCCCGCGCUGCCAACGCACAUUCCGCGCGCGAAUCGGCCUCGUAGGGCACCUUCGGAGGAAAUAUGCCGACAAUCCAACAACGCCCAUUUCUUCCCCCAUUCUCUCCCUGCCGGAAACCCCGCAAUGCCGACCACCCCAGUCCCCGAUGAUCACACUGCCAUCGUCCCGCCGCCACCGUCCGCCCUGCGCCAACCCCUUCGUUGACCGCAGCGACCAGCUGCGCCAACACCAUGACAUCUCGCACUCCGCCCACCGAUGGGACGACGUCCGACGUCCCAUCAUCAGCUAA